UUGAAGCGCAGGACCCCGGGUUGAUCUGGCAGGCCGAGCCGAACCUAUCUGGUAGCUGCACAGCCACGAAGGUCCAGUAUUUGCUCGGGAGGAAUGCGGUAGGCGGGGCCGCGCUCGGCUGGUGUCAAACUUUGGGAAUGACAGGAGUGCUGCGGGAUUCGCAAAGAAGGGGAAGUGUCGCCCUUGCUGGCUCUGUUUGGAUUACUUUGACUUGUUCUCAGUUGCAGUUUUUGGUGGAUUUAGCACCUUUUCCACAGAUAAUAGCCUUAGCAGACUCUCUCAGCCAUGUCCGAGGACCCGAGCUCCCAACCCUGGUCCAUCAACAAAGAUGAUUACGAGCUCCUGGAGGUGAUUGGUAGUGGAGCCACAGCAGUGGUCCAGGCAGCCUACUGUACACCCCGAAAGGAGAAGGUUGCCAUCAAACGGAUCAACCUAGAGAAGUGCCAGACCAGUAUGGAUGAACUCCUGAAAGAGAUUCAGGCCAUGAGCCAGUGCCACCACCCCAACAUUGUGUCUUACUACACAUCCUUUGUUGUGAAGGAUGAACUGUGGCUGGUUAUGAAACUGCUCAGUGGGGGCUCAGUGCUGGACGUGAUCAAGCACAUCAUCUCACGUGGCGAGCACAAGAACGGUGUCCUGGACGAGGCCAGCAUAGCUACAGUGUUGAAAGAUGUGCUGGAGGGAUUGGAGUACUUACACAAGAACGGCCAGAUCCACAGAGAUCUCAAAGCUGGAAACAUUCUCCUUGGAGAUGACGGUUCUGUGCAAAUUGCAGACUUUGGCGUCAGUGCCUUUCUAGCUACAGGUGGUGACAUGACCCGAAACAAAGUGCGCAAGACGUUUGUGGGAACGCCGUGCUGGAUGGCCCCAGAGGUUAUGGAGCAGGUGAGGGGAUAUGAUUUCAAAGCCGAUAUUUGGAGUUUUGGGAUUACAGCUAUAGAGCUUGCCACUGGAGCUGCACCUUAUCAUAAAUACCCACCAAUGAAGGUCUUGAUGCUGACACUGCAGAAUGACCCACCAUCUCUGGACACUGGUGUGACAGAUAAGGAGAUGGUGAAGAAAUAUGGCAAAUCUUUCAGGAAGAUGAUCUCCCAGUGUUUACAGAAGGAGCCAGAGAAACGGCCAACGUCAUCAGAGUUGUUGAAGCAUAAAUUCUUUCAAAAAGCAAAAACCCAUGAAUACUUGCAUGAGAAGUUGAUCGAAAGGGCUCCUACAAUAACAGAGAGAUCUAAAAGGGUACGACGAGUGCCUGGUUCCAGUGGCCGGCUCCAUAAAACGGAGGACGGCGAAUGGGAAUGGAGCGAUGAAGAGCUCGAUGAAGAAAGCGAGGAAGGCAAAGCAGCUGUCGCAGCUUUAAGAUCACCAAGAGUGAAGGAAGGUCCCCAGAAUUCAGAGAUUUUUCAGACUCCUGAGCCUUUAAGUAGUCACCUCCAGCCAAUGCCUCCAGGUCAGGCUGAACUACCUCAGGCUGCAGGUCAACAUCUACUGCAACCCACGCAAGUCAACACUCAACCCCCCACCCAGGUUGCAUCCCCCUCACUCAGUGUUCCUGCUUCUGCUGGUGUUCCCACUCAGAUCCCGGCUGCCUCAGGAGAUAUUAACACUCCCAUUAGUUUGGUAUUAAGGUUAAGAAAUUCAAAGAAGGAGCUGAAUGACAUCCGCUUUGAAUUUAUGCCAGGAAGAGACACAGCAGAUGGAGUGUCCCAGGAGCUGGUGUCAGCCGGUCUGGUGGACGGGAGGGACUUAGUAAUAGUUGCUGCAAAUUUGCAGAAGAUAGUCGAUGAGCCUCAAGCCCAUAAAAAUGUAACAUUCAAGCUGGCUUCUGGGGUGGAGGAAUCUGAAAUACCAGAUGACAUCAAGCUGAUGGGCUUCGCUCAGCUCAGCAUUAGUUAAACUGUUGUUCUACCUGGAACCGUGACUUGCCUAAAAAAUGUGAAAAUUAAAAACAAAAAAAAAUA